GUAGCCAUGUAAUAAGCCGGAUAAAGUACACCCAGUUGUUUUCAAACUGUCAGGCUUUUAUUCUGCAAUAACAACAGCCUGAAUGUAUUUCACCCCAAACUUAAAGCACUGUGAGUUGACAUGACAAUAUGAAUACAUAUUGUAGUAUGCAUGUUGUUUUUUUGUUCAUGUUAGUUCAAAAUUUGUUAAAUACAUGAACUAAUGUUGUAAAGUGUUAGCAAAUGAUCACUUUUCUACAGGUCAGUGUGUGGGUGAAAGUUUGAUGAUGAAUGUGAAGAAAUCUGGAAAGAGUAUUUACUGUGUUUCUCAACUAUGGGCUGUAAUGUAGUGUGUGUGUGUGUGUGUGCGUGCGCUGACCGUCUGUGUUUCUCAGACUUUAGAAGACUGGAGCUGGACGCUGGCUAAAAAAGCCUCGGCUAAAAGCGGCUCCAGUCUGACGCGUUCGGGAAGCGUCAAAGAUCUGAUCUUCAAGUUUGACGGACCUUCCAACACCUCACCGAAGACUAAAGAGAAAAAUAAACACCAGAGCAGAGAAAAGGAGAAAAACGAGAGCUCGAAGAAGAAAAUGGAGGAAACUGAGGUGAAAAAAGAGGAGUGUGUACUUAUUAAACUCGAUGAGGAGAUUCGUGAUGUCGCUCAGGAGUCGCAUUCCAGCUUUAAUGGACAGAAGCAGCAGCCGGAGGAGCCCGCAGCCUCAAAGUCCCGUCCAAACCCAAAAUAUCAGCUUUAUUUGGGCUCCAAUGGGACCAGCGGCACCAGCAGAACCAGUAAAGCCAACGGGACCAGCAGCAGCUCUAACGGGUCUUUAGGGGACAGUGGUACAGGUUCAGGUUUGGGUUCAAGUGCUGCAGUCAAUGGGAAUCUGUUGCGGGUCAGUUCUGUAAUUCGCGGGUCCAUGGAGUCGCUGUCGUCCCGGGACUGGGACAGCAUGUCGGACAGAAUGGGAGGAUUCGAUAGUCCUCCUCGAGUCUUCAACAGCCCGUAUUCAACACUUUCACUGGAUUAUAAUCCCAUCAACAGAAUGUCUGACUUUAAGUCACCAGAAGUGAUGUCACCGGGCGUCUCAGACAUUAACCUGUUUGGCCUGAACAGAAGUGUGAGUCCAGUCAGCAGUCCAGCGGUCGCUCAGAGAUCACGAAUCCCCGGAUACGACAGUCUGACCCGCAGACGAGACGCGACUCCAGGUCAGCUGAUGCAGAGGAGCAACCAGCCCAAUAAACGAGACUUUAUCCAGGAGCUGACCUUACAGCUGGACGAGUGCCGCAGGAGGAACCAGUUUCUGGAAGCAGAGAGCGUAGAGAUGGAGAAAGAGAGGAAUCAGAUUCGUUUCGAGAUGCGGGGCCUGCUGGUCAACAAUGAGGAUCUGCUGCGCACAAACACACAAAUGCAGGGCGAGAUGAACCGUCUGCGGGAGAAAAUCGUGGAGCUGGAGAGCAACAAUAAUGUCCUGGUGGAGCGAUUCAGAAAGAUGGAGCUGGAGCUGAAGGAGGCGCGUGAGGUGAUGGUGGAAGCAAACACUCAGGAAUAUGCCUUCAACUUCCUGCAGCAGACGCUCAAGAACAAGAUACAAGACACUGAGGAAGCUCUGGAGAAACAGAGUCAGCACGCUCAGACUAUGUCAGAAAAACUGUGGCACGCGGAGAGAAAUCUGGAGGAGCUGGAGCUGGAGAAGGAAAACAAGAGCAAGAAGGUUCUAGAACUCGGAAACACUGUGUUCAGACUGGAGACUGAGGUACACACACAUACGCAAUCAUAUCUAACACACACACUCAUAUUAACAAAUUAAAUCAAAAGCAC